UGAUUUGGGUUGGGUUGGGUUGGGUUAGCGUUAGGAGUUUCUUGGGGAUACUCUGAGACUUGGGAGCUUUUCGAACGACGGCCAUGGCGAUGGAGACGGGAAGCAAGAGCCGGAUCCUGGUGAUCGGGGCGACGGGGACUCUAGGGCGGAACCUGGUGAGGGCCAGCCUUGCGGCGGGGCACUCCACUUUCGCCCUCGUUCGGGAGCCCGCCUUCUCCGACCCCCAAAAGUCUCUCCUCCUCCGCUCCUUCUCCGCCGACGGCGUCAAUAUCCUCAAGGGUUCUUUACAAGACUUUCAAAGUCUUCUUGAAGCUGUAAAGCAAGUAGAUGUUGUAAUAUGUGCAGUGCCAUCAAACCAAACACUCAAUCAAAAGCUUCUCAUUCAAGCUAUAAAAGAGGCAGGAUGCAUCAAGAGGUUUGUUCCAUCUGAAUUUGGAGCUGAUCCUGAUAAAGUUCAAAUCCUUGGCAUGGACCAUGGCCAUUAUGAGAUGAAAACUGAAAUUCGACGUUGUAUAGAGAAUGAAGGCAUUCCUUACACCUACAUUUCUUGCAAUCUCCUGAUGAGAUACUUGCUUCCUUCACUUGUGCAACCAGGUCUCAAUGCUCCUCCAAGAGAUAAAAUAACGAUCUUUGGUGAUGGAAAUGUUAAAGCUGUCUCAAUAAUGGAUAUUGAUGUUGCCACCUUCACAAUCUGCACCAUAGAUGACCCAAGGACACUAGAUACGGUAUUAUAUUUGAGACCCCCAGGUAAUGUCUAUUCGAUGAAUGAAUUGGUUGAAAUGUGGGAGAUGAAAAUCGGAAAGAUGCUUGAGAAGGUUUAUGUACCAGAGGAGCAACUCCUUAGAAUCAUUCAGGAGACACCAUUCCCAAGCAACAGGCAUUUCAUUUUUAUUUAUUCUGCUUUCAUAAAGGGUGAUCACACAUACUUCAGCAUUGACUCAUCUGGCUUGGAUGGAUGCAAACUAUAUCCACAUGUGAAAUACACCACUGUGAGUGAGUAUUUGGAUUCUCUCUUGUGAGAAACCUCUAAUCAAAGUUUGAAUUGUUCUGGUGAUUUCACUCUUUCUUAUCUCUUAAUGUACUGUAUUUUACCAUACUUACUGUAUUUUACCAUGAAGACACCAUUUUUCUCAAUUUUAUGUUACAUUCUUUGCUUUAUGGAACUAUGUAUAAUUAUUUCUGUUGCUGAGAUAAGAUUUUAUUUUUGAGA